AUCGUUGAUACGCCAUUUGCAAAAACUCUCCGACUACACACCUUCAUUCUACAGAGAGAAAUGAAACAUUCAGCCAUGAAGAAGAAGAGGACAUGAAUGUUACAUGUGCACAUGUUGUUGGUGUACAUCACCCACUGUAGGGUAUUACAGCAACUACACGUGCACAUGUCUUACAUAUACUUGUGACAAACUAUCAUGCAGAACACUAUGAAUGGUGAAGACGACAUUGCGGUAAUUGACCAGCAGGAGGAUAUAGAUCACCUUGGUUAUCCUGUCAGCGUGACGGACGACUACCAAAGUAACUCGACACUUCAGCUCUACAUCAGCAGUGGUAAACCAGAAAACGAUGCCUCGCUUCAUGCUCUGAGAAAUGCCUACCAUGAUCUUAAACUCAAAUACAAUGAGCAGACGGCAAAAGUCCAUUCUAUGAGACAAGCAAUUAAGGAUAUGGAAGCACAGAGGAUUCAAAGCACAAACCGCCCGUUUAACAUGAACACAUCUGCUGCAUUUGCAGGUGCAGCUGGAGCUGGAAAUCCAACAGCAUCUGGAGCCGGAGAGGCAAAUUCACAUCUUCGGGCUAAUUUAGGAUAUGCAGAUAGCUUACAAAGACAAAUAAUCCGUCUGAAAAAUACAAGUGCUGUGCGGGAAAAGGAAAUGGAGAGAAAAUAUUCUGAUUUAUAUACAAAGUUCAAAAGACUUGAGGCUGAUGUGAAUACACUACAGUUACGUAACAGAAAAACUACAGUCGAUCUAGAAAAAACAGCUAAAUUAUUAGAAGACCGUGAAACAUACAUUGAGCAAUUGAUUGACCGCAAUAAUGUGUUAGAGAAAAAAGUGGCUUCACAAGACCCAGAAUCAUUCUCAGAAGAGAGUCGACUGCAGGAAAAGCACCUGAUGGGGAUUAUGGAAUACCAGACACAGUAUAUAGAUGAUCUUAAGAAGAAAGUGCAGGAACAGAACAGCAUCGUCAACAAGCAAUUGGAAAUGAUCAAAACAAUGAGCAGGAUUCAAAAAGAGGCUGAGGCUGCGGCUUUGAGAAACAACUCCCAGGCCCUAGUUACCGCCAGACAGCCUGAUGGAGAAUCUCUUUUGCCUUAUAAUGUGGUAGAGCUUCAAGAUACUGGAGCAAGACCUCGCCAAUUAAGUACUGUUACAGUCAGUUCACAAAUACAACCCAUGACAAACUCGCAGACUAGUCCUCGGUCUGUUGGAAGACUGCACUUUGUUCCAACUCAGCAAGACACUCCUGUGUUUGCUCGCGAGUCUUUGGCCGAUGUUGAAGCAAGGAGAAAAAGUGACCUGACAUUACAUACAAAUUUUGCAGACUCAAGAAAUAUCGGGAUUCCUGAGGUUCAGGCUACCAGUCAGUUACCUGUACCACAAAACUCACAUGACACACCAGACUCUCCCGUUCUGAGGAGGUCACCCAACAUGUCUUCUCCAAAGAUACUAAUGAAUCCCUCGGAUAGUUCUUACUCCAUGCCACGUUAUCCUGACACGGAAAAUCAAAAACCAAGACUGCAUCUUGCAGAUGUUUCUGCAUUACAGGAUACUAUUUAUCAACCAUCAAACUUUGGCCGUGAAGGGCCACUAUAUGAAAAUGACCGUUUACCGGCUGUUAGAAAAGAUGAUAAAAAGUUAAAUUUUGAUGAAACAAUUUAUAGAAGUUCUGCCACUGAAAGACCAUAUCCAAGGUUAGAUGAUGAAAGAACACGUGUUUUAUAUCCUCCAUUGGCAUCAUCAACAGAAAGCAAUUACGAAAAUAUCAAGGUGUUUCAUCCUCCAACACGACAAGUUGAAGGAGAUUAUGUUAAUGUAACAGAGUUGGGUGGGCACACUAACCAUCCAAAUGGUAGUGAGACCCAGAGGUGUCCAGUGUGUAAUAAAACGUUCACAACUAAGUCAAUUAAUGAAUUUCAACAACAUGUAUUUGAUUGUAUGGAUGGUGGUGAAGAAGAGGGAAAUUCAACUAUUCAAAAUGUUUCCCAGGGAGAAAUUGGUCGAGAAUGUCCGAUGUGCACAGCUGUGUUUCCUGGAGUACUGCCUCAGGAAGAGUUUGAAAGACAUGUACAGGAACAUUUUGGAGAAGAUCCUAUGAUGGAGAGAUUUGAAGUGCUGCAAGCUUAACAACUGGUUUUCAUGAAAAUGUGAAUGUUAAUGAAUCAUUUUAAUUCAGACUUUGUUUUCAAAUUGCAGUGCCAGUUUCUUUAAUUUAGCUUAAGCAGUGAACUAAAAAUAUUUGGAAUGAUUGUCAUUAUCAACAUAUGUGUUUGAUUUUUAAUGUAACUAUUGAAAGUGUUUAGCUGUAUUUAACAUUAGAUAUCCUUACCUGAAAGCUUAAGUCAUUGAAAACAAACACACAUAAAGGAUAUAAGUUAUAAGUGAUUAAAUUUCAGUAAAUCAGACCAGUAUACUUAUCAUUAGAGUUGUUAUCGUUUAUAAGAUACUGGUUUCUUAUUAAGAAAAGGUAUCUGAUAUAUCAUAUGAUGUGUAUUUAAAUAUUUGAUCCAACUCUGAAUUUGAGAGUUAGGGUGUCAUAUCAAAUCAUUUAUACUUUAUCACAAAAUAAACAAAGUUAUGUUGUAGCCUUUAAGUGCUUGUUUAGAGGUCUGAGGUUAGGUAAACAUAUGUUAUUGACAAAACCCAUUCAGAUGACAUGUGUUCUAGUCAUGAAAAGCUGCUAUAAUAUGUAUUAGUUAAACUAUUUUCCUACUAUCUUAAUUGUGAUAGAGUUAUUGCCCUUUGCUCCAGUGUCCUAUGCCAGUCAAGGCAUUGUUGAUUUGAAGUGUAUUGUCAGGGACCUAGAACUAGAGGGACCCUUGCUCUAUUGUGUUUACAAAGAGUUAAUUCCCUUGAUAUUUUGUUUAGUCUUUUACAAAUGAUAAAUUUCUAACAACUAAUAAACAUAAUUGAGUUCAAACUUACAGAUUAUUAACACAAUGUUACAACCACAUUAACAAAGAAGACUACAGAAACAAUAGAUAAACAUUUUGUUAUUGAAUACCUAUAUAUUUAGCCAAUAGGAGUAAGAGAGAGAUGUGAAUGAUGAAUGAUAGACUCUUGUGUAUUUAGCCUAUAGGAGUAAGAGAGAUGUGUACAAAGAAUAACCGUCACCUGUGUAUUUAUGUUCUAGUACUUAGAAAUGUGUAUGAUGAAUGAUAGUCACCUAUAUAUUUAGCCUAUUGGUGUGAGAAAUGUUUACGAUGAAUGAUAGUCAGCUGUGUAUUUAGCCUAUAGGUGUGAGAAAUGUUUACGGCGAACGAUAGUCAGCUGUGUAUUUAGCCUAUAGGUGUGAGAAAUGUUUACGAUGAACGAUAGUCAGCUGUGUAUUUAGCCUAUAGGUGUGAGAAUUGUAUACAAUCAAAGAUAGUCAGCUGAGGAUUUAGCCUAUAGGUGUGAGAAAUGUUUACGAUGAGCGAUAGUCAGCUGUGUAUUUAGCCUAUAGGUGUGAGAAAUGUAUAAGAUGAGCGAUAGUCAGCUGAGGAUUUAGCCUAUAGGUGUGAGAAAUGUUUACAAUGAGCGAUAGUCAGCUGUGUAUUUAGCCUAUAGGUGUGAGAGAUGUUUACGAUGAAUGAUAGACCUGUUGUAGUGGUAACCUUCAUUAUUGUGUUUAGUAUUUAUUAAUAGUCAAAGUAGUUUUUCACACUCACAAGUGUUCCUGUAAUUCAUUCCUCACCAAUUUCUCCCAUUUUUAGGAUCAAAAUCACCCUUCAUCUAUGUUUCAUUGUCUGUUUAUUAACAAGCCUUGUUUAUCAUGAAAAGUACUCGAAGGAUUUUUCUCAAACUUUGUCUAUAAGUUCCCCCGUCUGUUAUUUUGGGAUUCAAUUUUGAGUGAUCUGUGUUACAAAAUAUCCGACAGGCAGUCAUCUUGGAUUUAACAGUUGACAUUUGUUGUGGGUAUUUCUCAAGAAAUUAAUGUGUAUGUUACUCUUCGUUUCAGCUUGUGCCCAUUCAAUAUAAAGGUUGAUCAGUCAAACAAAAUGGCAGACAAUCUGCCAUCUUGUAUUUUGACAGUCAAAGUUUAUUAUUCUUUUCCUUAAGAAGUCCUGGAAGGAUAUGUCUUCAGCAUUUUUAUCAAGGUUAGCAAGAGCUGUAUGGUAUUUUGUGUAGAAAUUCCAAACCAACCAAUUACACAUAUGAUUGGCCUACACAGAAGUGUCACUGGGACUUAUCCACCUACCACAGAAUACAAUGAGAACAGCCAUUAAUGGUUUGAAACUCAUAUUGCCAAAAACUUGUUUAAAAAGUACAGUUUUAUCAAAUCAAAAUAAGACGGUGCCUUUUUCAGGUUUGCCUCAUUCCUGGUUUCAGACUCAUGAGCCUGUGUCAUUUCCAUGAACAUGAAUUGCAUUGUUUCUUAAAUGGAAAGUGCUGCAAGGUCCUGAUUUGGUGUGAAACUUACCCUGUCUCCUAACUGCAUUACAACUGCAUGAAAAUCUUAUGAAAAAAAAUGACUGACAAGAGGCUAUCUUUGAUUUUGACUCUCAGAAUUUGUUAUUGCUGUUUGGUUAGAAGUGCCUGAGGGAUCUUGCUCAGAUUUUAAUUUAUAGAUUCCCUUUUGGUACCUAGUUGUGUCUCUGGGACUGAUCAUAUCAGAAAAUGGCUGACAAGCAACCGUCUUGGAAUUGCUAGUUAAAGAUUGUUAUCUUCAGAGGAAUUUUCAAAUUUCUUGUUUUAAAUAGCAAAAACAAAGAAAAGAAGGGCAAAACUCCAAUCAAACAGUGGUGGGCAUCAAGGUCCCUCUGGGAUCUGGUUUGUUUAUAUGGGUAUCAACAGUAAAUGAAUGCCUUAGAAAUUUAUAUAUAAGUUGAUUUCUAAACCCAGCAUGCCAUCAUCAUUUAAGAAUGUAAGACUAGGGAGAUUGAAGAUAACUUUUUGUUUGAUGAAGUAUUAUACAAUAACAUAUUGUUUUAACAUCGUUGAUAUUCUGUGUGAGAAACUGUGUUUGAUAUCUCAACAUCUUGUGUGUCAAUUAUAUAAUACAGGGUGACAGUGAAAAGCCAU